AUGUGGAAGACACGUAACCGAUACAAUUGGUCGUGGUCUAUACGUAUUGUCGUUGUUGUAGCCGCCGCAGCCGUAACGCUCGCGAUGUCCGCCGCCGAACCACGCGAAUCCGCCGUCUCCUCGUCCUCUUCCCUGCGUUCUACUUCCUCUUUGUCGUCACCACCGUCGUCGUCGUUAUCCUCCUCCUCCUCCUCCUCGUCCUUAUCUUCGGCCGCCGCUACCAGUGCGGUAACCAUCGUCACGUCACAACUGGAAAGAGCACCGUUCGGCCGCGACGGCACCGAACAACAGACCAACACUCCAGGUACAUCAGGUGGCAGACGACAACAUUGCCCAUGGUGCAAACGAGCGUCCGGCGCGCUCCCGUCGCCACCGUCCUCGUCGUCCUCGUCUUCGUCGUCGUCAUCGUCUUCGUCGUCGGCAUCGUCAUCUUCGUCGUCGUCGGCGACUUCCGGUGUCAACCGGCACCACCAUCGGCGGAAGCACCGUCCGCGGGGCCGGCGGCAUUACGACAGCGCCGCCAGGUCCAGCCUGGACAAACAGCGGAUAGAGGCGAUCAAAGAACAGAUACUGUCCAAGCUGGGCAUGACCGCAAAACCGAACAUCACUAAGGCGCGGUCGACGAGGUUCCUGGUGGAAGCGCUGGCCGUCGAACCGCUGUCCGGACUGACAGCCGCCGACCCGGACGCCGCCGCCGCGGCCGGUAACACACUGCCACCGAGUACACGGUUACCGACCACCAGAGACGCGGAUUCGGAGCCCGACGAUUUUUACGGCCGCACCAGAGAGAUCAUCGGAUUUGCAGAGCCAGGAUCUACGUUAAACGGACAAACGUUAUUAGAAUUCCCGUGGUCACAGGAUAUGGGAAGCACUGAUUCCGUUAAAGUCAAGUCUGCGAAGCUGUGGUUUAGGUUAGAAUACAGGCCGGACGUUCCCCCGGCCGCGCGUAGGACCCACCAUAGUCACAAUGUAACUCUAUGGCUGUUCAAAAUAAACUUUCGCACGAACCCAAUGCGGAAUACCACGUUCCUAAGUGGUAAGGAAUUCGACGAGCACGCCACGCUGGCGUCGUCGCUGUCGCUGUCGCUGAACAACCUGGGCUGGAUAUCGGUGGACGUGACGAACACGGUGCGCGAGUGGUACGGGUCUAGCGGCAAACACAGAUUGCGGUUCCACAUCGACUGUUCCGGGUGCGGCGGGCUGGUGUCGCCGGUGCUGUUCCACGACACCAGGCAGGCCAACGAGUGGGAGAACCCGUUCCUGAUGGUGUACACGGACCCGACGGUGGCGAGGCGCGUGCGCCGCCGGGCGCUGGACUGUUCGCUGGCGGUGCGCGGCCAGUGCUGCAAACAGCGGUUCUACAUCAAGUUCCAGGACAUCGGCUGGGACUCGUGGAUAAUCGCGCCCGGCGGCUACUACGCAAACUACUGUCGCGGCGACUGCGGCGGUGUGCACAGGACACCGGACACGUACCUCAACUUCUACACUCAGGCCAUCGAGGACUACCGGAAGGCCAAACACUCGUCCAUAUUCCAGCCGUGCUGCGCGCCCGUCAAGUUCUCGUCCAUGUCGCUCAUCUACUUCACCGACGACGGUAACAUCAUCAAGCGGGACCUGCCCAAAAUGGUCAUCGACGAGUGCGGUUGUCCUUAA